AUGACUGAAGAAGACUCUGUGAAAAGAAAAGUGAAACAAGUUGAAGGAGACAUAAAUGAGGCUGAAAAUGUGAGAAAUAGAGUCAAUAAAGGCGCUUGGACUGCAGAAGAAGAUCAAAAACUGGCUGAAGUUAUUGCCAUUCAUGGAGCGAAAAGGUGGAAGACGAUUGCAGCCAAAGCAGGUCUCAAUCGGUGUGGGAAAAGUUGCAGAUUAAGAUGGCUGAAUUAUCUCAGACCUAACAUUAAGAGAGGCAAUAUAUCAGAUCAAGAGGAAGAUUUGAUUCUCAGACUCCAUAAACUUCUCGGCAACAGGUGGUCUUUGAUUGCUGGGAGACUGCCGGGGAGAACGGAUAACGAGAUAAAGAAUUAUUGGAAUUCUCAUUUGAGCAAGAAAAUGAACCAACAUAGUGAAAAAGAAAGUGACAUUCUCAAAAGAAAAGGGUGUAAAAGGAAGGUAGACACAGAGUUGAGGGAAGAGGAAACGUCUCAAGAAUUUGAAAGCAGCUCGAACUUGGAGUUUGAUGUCGAUAACUUGUUUGAUUUUUCCAAUGAGGGGCCUGAUUUGGAGUGGAUGAGUAAAUUCCUCUAAUUGGGUAUCACAAGCAGUAACUAUAGCUUAGGUUGUUAGUGCACUGCACUCUCAUUCAAAUCAUUAGUGAUUUACCUAAAAUUUUAUUGUUUCAUUCAUAGCCUUCUCCAAGUAUUUGGUUUGCGGAUGAACUGGUUCCAACUAACUUGAUCUUGCUCUAUCUACUCUACCUGCGAUCAACUAUCAAAAUAUCAUAUUCCAAACUCCAAAGAUUCUAACUCUUUAAACUUCUCCCAAUAUAAUGAAAGACAAGAAAGUUCGACCGUAGGAACCAGCAAGAAACAGCUAGCGUGAAUAUGGAAAUCUCCUAAAUUUAGAGGGAGAGAGAGAUUUUGUGCUACAUAUAGUAAUCCCUCAAGUUUAGAGAGAGGUUAUGGAGUUUUCUAGUGCACUCAAUAAGAGGGUAUGGUUUAAGUUUUCUAGAUAUUGCCUCAUAAGCCAAAGCUGUGGUGGGGAUAUGAAAAGAAUCAUUCUGAAAGACAAAAAAUUGUUCACUUUUUUUCACGAGUUUAGACCAAAUUUUCAGAUGGUCAGAAUCAGACAAACAGUGCAGACCAGCAUUCCUCCACCACAUAACACUCGGCCUGAUAUGGUCAGAGUAUAUCUGGCCAUUCUUGGAUUUUACCCAAACAAAAUCAGAUGUGCACAAGUUUACAGAAAAGCUAAAGUACUAAUCUACUAUUAUCUACAUAACACCCAGACGGUCGUCAAACUCAUUUG